AUGCUGGGACGCCGGGUACUCGAGGCCAAGACGUCGUCGGACGGUGGCCUCGAAGAGCGCUUUAAGCGCCAGAUCCUCGCGCUUCGGCGGCGCCAGAUCAUUCUCGAGGGCCAGCUCAUGAGCGCCAAGGAAGCCGAGCUCACGGACGCGGCGACAGGUAUCGGCUUCAAUGUGGACGGAAAGAGCCUGGCGAGGCUCGAGCUCGUCGUCGGCGCUGGCGACAACAUUCGGGUGAAUGACCAUCCUUCAAUGGCCUUUUCCGUAUUGAGCACGGGCAUGGCGUACGUCCAGGCGCGCAUCGUACCAGCGCUAGGUCGCUCGCAGCGGACGCGGCGACAGCGACUGCCGACGCCGCAGUGGCACGAGACGCUCCAUUUUGACGCGCUACCGUCGCUCAGCGCGUCUGUGUACGUCGAAGUCAAGCACGCCAUGCGCUUUAGCCCCGACGUCGUGCUUGGCCACAUUGUCUUGCCUUUUGAGGAGCUCCUCGCCCAGCGACAAGUCAACAAGUCGUAUGCCCUCAACGGGACCAGCCGCGUGCGACUCCAAGCCACACUCACCUACUCCUCGGCGCGCGUCGUCCAUGACGAGCUGACCGAGGUGCGCCAGGACAUGGCAGCGCUCACCACCAAGCUCGCGGCCAUCCAGGCCAUGGUAUGCUCAUUUGCACGCGGUGGCAAUCAUACCAACCAUGAUAGCCUCCGCGACGUCCUGCAUCUGUCGUACAGGCCUACAUAA